UACGUUCGGAAGACCUACGCUGCCUUCCAUACACAAUUUUUGAGUUUUACUCGAAGAGAACUUUCAACAGUAUCUCCUCGCCUCCUAGUUGGGGUUUACUCAAAAUCUCGUUGUUUCUCAAAUGGGUCUCUCUCGCUCUGGGUUCCUCAAUUUCAUACCAAGGGCGUCCAGAAGAUUCACCAAUCCCUUACUUCAUCUGAUCCCUAAUGUUCCCCGUGCAUCAAAAACUCAAACAUUUCCGAUUACAUCACUUGCUAGUACUUCUCUCAUCGCAAUCGAAAACCAACUUUGGGUUAGACAUUCAACGCCCCGCAUUCAAAUCCCACGUGGGUCGUUACCUGAACAUCGGUUGGGCUUUUACAGACCAUUCUACGAUGGUGCGGGCAUGAACCCAGUGUCUGUUAAAGCCAUUGACAGUAAUGUAGAUGUUGUUGUACGCGAUAGAGUCCCUGAAGAAGCAGAAAGCAUUUGUAGAAUGCUAUCGAAAAGCUCUGGUUCUUCUAUCGAGGCCUCCCUCGGUUCUAUUACGGCUCAAGUAUCGCCGCUGCUGGUUGUGGAAGUUUUAAAGAAGCUGAGCAAUGCGGGUGCUCUUGCACUGUCUUUCUUCCGCUGGGCCGAGAAGCAAAAGGGGUUUAAGUACAGUACAGAGAGCUACAAUGCUUUGAUUGAGGCUCUGGGCAAGAUCAAACAGUUCAAGUUGAUAUGGGAUUUGGUGAGUGACAUGAAACGUAAAGGGUUAUUGAGUAAAGAUACAUUCGCAUUGAUUGCACGGAGAUAUGCAAGAGCGAGGAAGGCUAAGGAAGCCAUAGAGGGGUUUCAGAAGAUGGAGAAGUUUGGAUUGAAGUUGGAAGUGUCGGACUAUAAUAGAUUGAUCGAUACUCUAAGCAAGUCAAGACAUGUACAAAAAGCCCAAGAGCUGUUUGAUAAAACGAAGAAGAGAAAGUUCGUGCCGGAUAUUAAGACAUACACUAUAUUGUUGGAGGGAUGGGGUCAAGAACAGAAUUUGUUGAGCUUGAAUGAGGUUUAUAGGGAGAUGAGGGAGGAAGGGUUUGAGCCGGAUGUCGUGACUUAUGGUAUAAUUAUCAAUGCCCAUUGUAAGGCUAGGAAGUAUGACGAAGCAAUUGAGUUGUUUCAUGAAAUGGAAGCAAAGAAUUGCAAGCCGAGUCCUCAUAUAUUUUGUACUUUGAUUAAUGGGUUGGGUUCUGAGAGGAGGUUGAAUGAAGCCCUAGAGUUUUUUGAACAAUCCAAGGCUUGUGGUUUUGCACCGGAAGCACCCACCUACAAUGCUCUUGUGGGUGCUUAUGGCUGGUCGAUGCGAAUGUAUGAUGUGUAUAGGGUGGUCGAUGAGAUGAGAAAAAGUGGAGUUGGUCCAAAUUCUCGAACUUAUGAUAUAAUUCUACAUCACUUGAUAAAGGCUAGGAGAAACAAAGAAGCUUACUCCGUUUUCCAAAGAAUGAGUAGCGAGCCAGGCUGUGAACCAACUGUGAGUACAUAUGAGAUCAUUGUUAGGAUGUUUUGUAACGAGGAACGAGUGGAUAUGGCAGUAAGGGUUUGGGCUCAGAUGAAGGCCAAGGGUGUCCUUCCUGGAAUGCAUAUGUUCUCUACAUUGAUCAACGGCUUGUGCCAUGAGAACAAGUUGGAUGAUGCUUGCAAAUACUUUCAUGAGAUGUUAGACAUGGGCAUUCGACCUCCUGCACAGAUGUUUGGUAAUCUGAAACAAGCUCUUCUUGAUGGAGGAAAGAAGGAUAUUGUUCUUAUUCUGGAUCAGAAGAUUGAUAAACUACGGAAAACUGCAUUAGUUGGAUUGGGCAAAUAACCUAAGCCUCUUAUUCGAUAAUCGAGUUGCUUUUCGUGUAUAUGAAUAUGACCCUAAUAUCUGGAGGCUAUGUAAUCUGUUUUUGUUUCAAUUCAAACAAAUGUUUUAGGGCUUUCA